AUGGCUUCUAAAUCCCCCAUUCUCAUUGUUCUGCUCUUUCUGUCUUCUAUUCUACUGCUACACUCAUCACUUGCAGAUGCAGAUGAUGGAAUAACCAAGAUUGAGUUGGGUCAUUCCCUCUCUCCAAAAGGAAACCAAUCUUCAUCAUGGUUAUCAAGUUCUGGCCAUUUUGCAUUUGGAUUUUACCCUCAUGCUCAAGGCUAUGGCUAUGCUGUUGGUAUAUGGCUGCUUGGUGAGCCUGACAUUACUCUAGUAUGGACUGCUAACCGCAACGAUCCGCCGCUACCUUCUUCCUCCACCUUACUUUUGACCAUUGAUGGCUUGGUUCUUCAACAAGGACAAAAGAUUACUAAUAAUGUCACAGGGGCUUCUAUGGCAUCCAUGCUGGAUUCCGGAAACUUUGUAAUCUAUGAUGAUUCACAUGUUGUUGUGUGGCAAAGCUUUGAUCAUCCAACCGAUACCAUUUUAGGAGGUCAGAACUUAACUGCAGCAAACAGAUUGGUGUCUAGUUUGUCCAAAACAGAUCAUUCCACUGGACUUUUCUAUCUUAUCAUGCAAGAAUCGGAUAGCAACCUUGUUGCUUAUCCCCUCAAAACCUUACCAUACGCUGAGGAUCACUACUGGGCUGAGAUUGACAAUGCUACUACCGGUUCGGUGCAGCUGAGUCUUAACACGGAAGGAUUUCUUUGCCUAAGAGAGCAUCAAUGUUUUGUCAACAACACAAACUUGUUGAGAAAUAGCAAUUCUCAGAAACAGAACACAACCUCAAUAUACCGGGCAACAUUUGAUUUUGAUGGGGUUUUCAGAUUGUAUGAGCACCAAUUUGAUGGUGAGGGAAAUAGAAGGCCAUUAAGUGUUGAAAUUAGGUGGGAAGCCUUGCAUGAUAAAUGCCAAAUCAAUGGUUUUUGUGGCUUCAACAGUUACUGCUCCAACACCAAUAUGUGUCACUGUUAUCCUGGUUUCGUCCCCAUCAGCAGCAAUGGCAUGUUUCUGGAAUGCAAACUGAACUACAGCAAAGAUGAAUGUCAAUCUAAUCCUGACCCAUCUUCGCUGUACGAUGUUACUCUUUUGGAGCACAUGUCAUGGAGUGAUUUCCCAUAUUUGGUUACAAAAGAAACAACAAUGGAAGCAUGUGAGGAGUCUUGCAAGGAAGAUUGUGAUUGUGGGGGAGCAUUGUAUGCAAAUAAUGGUGGUAUCUGCAGCAUAUACAGGCUUCCACUCAGAUAUGGCAGAAAGGUUCCAAAUGCAUCAGACACAGCCACAGCCAUUUUCAAAGUGCCUUAUCAUUCAGGAUUUCUAAUUAACCAAACACAUCUAGACCCGGAUUCCCAUGUUGUUGUUGAUAACAAGAGAAGCCUAAUACUGAUUCUAUCCUCUUCUUUGGGCUCUGUCACAUUGCUCUGUGUGAUCAUUGCUGUCUCGGUUUUCUUCAAUUAUAGGCAUCAUGUUUAUAGUUAUGCAAAGUUGUCUGCAAGCUCAAACCUGGGAUUCACCAAGGAAUGUUCAUUGCGUUCGUUUUCCUUUGACGAACUUCUGGAAGCAACUAGUGGCUUCACGGAAGAGAUAGGAAGAGGGUCUUAUGGAGCAGUUUAUAAAGGAACAGUAACAGGUGAUGGUAGUAACAAAAGCGUUGCUGUGAAGAGACUAGAGAGGAUUGCUGAUGAUGAAGGAGAGAGGGAAUUCCGAGCUGAAGUUACUGCCAUUGCUCGAACUCACCAUAGGAAUCUGGUUAAGCUUGUUGGGUAUUGUAUUGAAGGGUCAAGGAAGCUUCUUGUUUAUGAAUAUGUUAGCAAUGGCUGCCUCGCGAAUCUUCUGUUUAAGGGUAAGAAUCAUCAUCAUCAUCAUCAUGAUCAGGCACUUCCAUGGAAAGAGAGGAUUAAAAUUGCAUUGGAUGUAGCCAGAGGAGUGCAGUAUCUGCAUGAAGAGUGCGGAGUUCGAAUCGUCCAUUGCAAUCUUAAGCCACAAAAUAUACUGAUUGAUGAAGCAUGGACAGCAAAGAUAUCUGAUUUUGGAUUAGCACGGCUUUUGAAGCAGCCUCAACAACCAGAGUUUCUUACUGAUGAUGAGGUAAGAAGCAGUUACUUGGCACCUGAAUGGAAGAAUGAGGCAUCACCAUCUUUAUCUUCAUGUUCAUCUCCAUUGGUGUCUGUGAAAGUUGAUAUUUACAGCUAUGGGGUUGUGGUGUUGGAGAUAGUGUGCCGCAGAAGAAGUAUAGAUGUAAAUGUGAAGUGUCCAGAGGAGGUUCUUCUUUCAAGUUGGGUGUAUCAGUGUUAUGCAGAAGGAGAGUUGAGGAAGCUUGUUGUUAAUGAAUCAGAAGAAGAGGAUACAGAUUGGAAGACAUUAGAGAGAAUGGUGAAGGUGGGGUUGUGGUGUGUGCAGGAUGAUCCAUCACUGCGUCCUUCAAUGAAGAAUGUUAUCUUGAUGUUGGAAGGUUGGAAACCUAUUCCAACUCCUCCAUCUCCUCUUGCUUCAACUUAAUUUAGCAAUCUUACUAAUGCAUAUUACAGCAUUGUUGUUCCUUCAGUUUCUUAUAUACAUUAUUCGUGUUUAUUUUUUUCAUACAUUAUUGUAACUGUAUGUUUAUAAAGGCUAGUAGCUUCCAUGAGUGGGAGUUUGUUCAUGAAAUAAAUA